GGGUCAUUUAUUUUUCACUCUUGGUACUCAGUCUUCUUCAUAUUCAUAUAUAGUAAAGAAUCUUUUGGUGGCUGUAAAUGUCAUCUGGCAGAUUAUUUCUCUCAAAGCUGGAAAGAACAUGAAGGAAAUCUGCAGAAUCAUUCUCUUCCUUAAAAAAGUGGAGGGAGGAAGAGUUUUCAGACAAAACAUAAGGUUUUAGCAAUCCAGAAGGGCUGUCUGUAAGCAAGACCCUUGCAAUGGGACUGUCAACAGGGCUGCAGUAAGAACACUGCAUGGUCCAAAGGGGGAUUAUUUACUGGAAGCAGCUCCUUCUGAAAAUUGAAAGGCUUGAAUUUACAGGGGACUGGUAACAAAAAAUUACAUGCUUAUCAAAGAUAAAAUAUACUCCUCAUCUUGGCAUAGAACAAGCUUGGGUUUUGUUUCCUGUAAUGUAGCAAGAAGACAAAUGUGAGCUGGCAUCCUGGAAUCAGGACACCAUGAGUCAUGAGCUGUCAAGCUGCAGAGCUAACCUACCUCACUGGGGACAGUUCAGUAAACAACACACAUGAACUCCUGUGUGUCCUUGGCACCUCCAACUUCAGACGUCCACAGGAAGCUGCCUUUGGAAUAAGGUUUCUUCUCAUGCUAGGCUUCUGACUUGCUCUAGUAUUGCUUUGAAAGGCAAGACACGUUGUUUUCUUUGGUCCAUGGAAUUCCCAUUUUUUCAUGGAAAGAUAACAAGAAGAACCUGUGAAGAGUUGCUGAGCAAGAGGAAAAAGAAUGGCAGCUAUUUAAUACGGGAGAGUGAGAGUGUGGAAGGAGCCUUGUGUCUCUGUGUUUUCUUUGAGGGCCUCAUCUACACUUACCGUAUCUUCAGAGAAGACCAAGGAUAUUUUAGAAUACAGACUUCUGAAGGUGUUCCAGAGAGGACCUUCAAAACAUUAAAGGACUUAAUAUAUGCUUUUGAAAAGCCAAAUCAAGGACUGAUAACAAAGCUCCGCUACCCAGUGAAGAAACCAAAGGCCCUGCAAAGAAGCCAGAGGUUCAAGUCAGAAAUGGACAAUGUUUAUGAUGAAGCUGAUGACAGCGCUGAUUAUGUUGAUGUCCUGCCCUGAAGGAUCUGCGCCUGAUGGUUUCGGAAGCUGCCAUUCCAGGACGUGCCCCGGCACAGGGCCUCAGCUGGGGAGAGCUUCCAGCUGGGUGUCCUCUGCUCUACAUCUGGAAUUACCUCCUCCUUUUGCAGACGGUCAGAGCUUCAACCGUCUGUAUCUUCAACCAGUAGAUCCAGUACAAGCUAUUAUGCAUGUUUGCUCAGCAAUAAAUAAGUAUUUUUGUUACAGACACAAACACACACACGUAGGUAUGGGGGAAGGUGUCCAUGUAUGUGUCUUCUGGUGGUUUUUAGCCAGCAAAUUGUCCAAGAUGUUGACUGCUAGAGUGAACACUCUGCUAGAGGGCAGCAAUAUAAAUAUAUUAAAUGAAUAGGCAUAAAGCAGUAAUUUAUGGCAGAAUUUAUAGGUGUUGAUAAAAAUCAUAUAUGACAUUUUAAGAUGCUUUAAAACCCCAAACUCUGUUAUUUUGCACAUGAUUCAUGUUACCAAUUAGGUUGGAGGAGUGAAUAGUAUUUCAGCAAUGUCAAGGAAUACUAGUAGUCAGUAGCUUGAAUAAUGCAAAUUAAGACAAAAAUGCUGUGUUAAAUCCAUGCCAUAAAAAAUAAAUAACCAACCAGAGGAAAAUGCUUUGAAAUAUUUUGACAUUGAGGAACAGCUCUGGCAGAUUACAAGAGGAUUACAAUUUGUACAUACAUGUCAGCAUGAACACAUCCUUUUUUUAAUAGGUUCUGUACUUAUGGGUAUACUUACUCCAUUUGAUUUUCUACUUCCAUCAGUUCUGUAUUAUGUAUAUGUCUUUUGUUGCUUUUGUUGUUUACUUGUUUUUAAUGCAAAAAUUUGCUUUAAUAUUAACCCAAUUUUAAAUAGUUAAUAAAUAGUUCUGAAGGUGGCCUGCAACUAGCAGCCACAGCCAAAACUGGAA